AUGCAUUAUGUCUAUGUACUUGAAUGUGUCAACAAUAAAUACUAUGUUGGCAAGACUAGAAGUAUGCACAAUAGAUUUGAGGAACAUGUGAGUGGAGGGGAACGUGCCGCCGAAUGGACACGCAAAUACAAACCGAUCCGUAUUAAAUGGAUAAGAAUUAGCAACAACCAUUCUUUGGAGUUUGCAAAAACCCUUCAUUGUAUGAAAAAAUAUGGUAUCAAGAACGUGAGGGGUGCCUGUUACAGCCGAAUUAAUUUACGAAAAGAAGAUUACCAGUCCAUUUAUUACGGUUUAUCUCACAAAUGUUUUAACUGUGGUGGAGAUGGUCAUCGAGCUCGCGACUGCGAAAAUUGUCCCAAAUGUAACAGCGCAUGGGAAGAAUGUUGUUGUACGUAUAGCUGUCGUAGAUGCAGUAAAAUGAAUCAUUUUCCUGGAGACUGCAAUUUUAGUUGUUACAACUGUGGUAGGCCUGGUCAUUAUGCUCGAGAUUGUAAUUACUGCGAAAACUGUGGCGGAUAUGGACAUCAUUCUGAUGAUUGUUAUUAUUGCGUUAACUGUGGCAGUCAUGGUCACAAUUAUGAUAAUUGCAAUUACUGCGUCAAUUGCGACGAUUACGGUCAUCAUUCUAAAGAUUGCAAUUAUUCUUCUGAUGAGAGUAGUUGUUAUUGUGACAACUGUGGUGACGAAGGUCAUGGUUAUGAAGAUUGCGAUUACUGCAUCAACUGUGGAAUGCAUGGCCAUCACACCGAUGAUUUAAAAUAUUGCGAGAACUGUGGCGAAUGCGGUCAUUAUUAUGAAGAUUGUAAAUACUGCAGCGGUUGCGAGGAAUAUGGUCACCACACCGAGGAUUGUGAUUAUUGCGAAAACUGUGAUGAAUAUGGUCAUUUUUAUGAAGAUUGUAUUUACUGUAUUAAUUGCGAAGACUAUGUUCAUCACACUGCGGAUUGCGACUAUUGCGAAAACUGUGGUGAAUACGGUCACGAUUUCACUGAUUGUGAAUAUUGUAACAACUGUGAUGAAUAUGGUCAUUAUUAUGAAGACUGCGAUUACUGUAACAAUUGUGAAGAUUAUGGUCAUCACUCUGAAGAUUGCUUCUGUUGCGAAAAUUGCGGCGUAUAUGGUCAUUAUUCCGAGGAUUGCGAUUAUUUCAUCACACAGCCAUUUUCACGAGGAUUAUGA